UUCAGAUUAUUGUCUUGGACAGCAGCUCUCUGCCAGUCUAGUUGGCGAAGAGAUAGAGACCAAAAAAUGCCACCAGCAACAGGAGCGCCAGAUUACCCACCUCCUGAUGGAGGCUGGGGAUGGGUUGUGGUCUUUGGGGCUUUUAUUUCCAUUGGAUUUUCCUAUGCAUUCCCCAAAGCCAUCACGGUGUUCUUCAAGGAAAUACAAGAAAUCUUCCACACAUCUUAUAGUGAGAUAGCUUGGAUAUCAUCGAUAAUGUUGGCUGUCAUGUAUGCAGGAGGUCCCAUAAGCAGCAUUUUGGUGAAUAAGUAUGGUAGCCGGCCUGUGAUGAUAGCAGGUGGUAUCCUGUGUUCAUUUGGAAUGAUUGCAAGCUCUUUCUGCAAUAGCGUCCUUGAACUAUAUAUAUGUAUUGGUGUGGUUGGAGGUCUGGGUUUAGCAUUCAACUUACAGCCUGCCUUAACCAUGAUUGGCAAGUAUUUCUAUAAGAAGCGUCCCAUUGCUAAUGGAUUGGCCAUGGCUGGAAGUCCAGUGUUUCUGAGCACAUUGGCACCUCUCAAUCAAUUCCUCUUUAAUGCUUUUGGCUGGAAAGGAAGCUUUCUUAUUCUGGGAGGACUUCUUUUGAACUGCUGUGUGGCUGGGUCACUUAUGAGACCUGUUGGACCGAAAAAAGUCCCGACUGUGAAAAAAGAUGUUGAAAAAGGCACAGGAGAUUCUACCUUGCACAAAAACAACAAGAAGUCUUGUUGGCAAACUAUGAAUAAGUAUCUAGAUCUGUCCCUCUUCAAACACAGAGGGUUUCUGAUCUAUUUGUCAGGAAAUGUCAUUAUGUUUAUUGGUUUCUUUGCUCCAAUAGUGUUCUUGGCUCCUUAUGCUAAGCACAAGGGAAUUGAUGAAUAUUCUGCUGCUUUUUUGCUAUCUAUCUUAGCCUUUGUAGACAUGUUUGCUAGGCCUUCAAUGGGACUCGUGGCAAACUCCAGGUUUAUCCGGCCAAAGAUUCAGUAUUUUUUUAGUUUUGCUGUCUUGUACAAUGGGGUCUGUCAUAUCUUGUGCCCUCUGGCAAAAAAUUACACUGGCUUGGUGAUAUAUGCUGUAUUUUUUGGGUUUGCAUUUGGAAUGGUUAGCAGCGUUCUUUUUGAGACAUUGAUGGACCUCGUUGGGGCUGCCAGAUUUUCCAGUGCGGUUGGACUUGUCACCAUUGUGGAAUGUUGUCCUGUGCUCAUAGGCCCUCCUCUAGGAGGUUGGUUAGUAGAUGUUACUGGUGAAUAUCAGUACAUGUAUUUUGUCUGCGGAGUGAUUGUGACUGUGGCCAGUAUCUGGUUGUUCAUUGGCAAUGCCAUCAACUACAGGCUUUUGGCAAAAGAAAAGAAACUAGAAGAUGAGAAGCAAAAAGCUCAGAAGAAUGCUGACUCAAAGGAAGUGGAACCAUUAACAAAUAACGAGAAUGAAGAUGCUUCCAGCAGAGCUGAUAAAGCUCUUGAAGAUCCCUCAGAAAGAGAAACCAAUAUUUAAUCUGCAUUAUAGCUCAGAAGGCAAUAUUUAUGACUUCCAUUAGGAAUCAAGACACAGGCCGAGUUUUGUGGUAAUAAUGAUCAGUCACAAUAUUGGAUGGGAACAGAUUUUUGCCCUAUGGCAAAACUCUAAGUUAAAUUUCUAUCUACAGUUUAUUUAUUUCAGCGAUACAAAAUUAAGAUUACAGAGGUAGUGAUUCCAUGCAAAGGAAUCCAUCAGACUUUGACUCUGGACAGUCAAGAGUCAGGUAAACCAGACUAUAAAGCCUUCCAAUGACAAACAUUUUUGUUUCAAAAGUAUAUCUACUACAAAAGUAUCUUCUACUCUUAUUUGGGAAGAUACUUGCAUUCACCCUUAAAGUAUGGUUAAAGUCAGUUGAAAUAAUCUGCCCAAACUCUACUUACCACUAAUAUUAAAGAGAAUAUAAGUUCAAAGAUUUGUUUCAAAAGAGGCAGAGUACCUGACUGAAAGCACACAGAAACUCUUUUUGUGUUUUAUAUUCCCCCUAGAUAAAAAAUACAUGUCUGUAUAAACAAUUAUAUUAUGGAUGUAAAAGUUAGGGGUAGAAGAUGAACAACUAGUGGGCACCAUCUCUAAAAUACAAUAAACAGCUGAUUUAUAAUAUAUUCCAGAAGUAGUUUCUUCCUGUGAUAGCUGACUACAUCGUACUUCAACAUACGCAUUUGAACACAAAGUACAUUCAGAUCUCACUAAUUCAAACUAAGCUGAAAUCUGCCUGUACAUAAAAUAUUUAAACCCAAGAUUUGCAUUGCUAACAAGUGUGUCAAUUUGUUUGUUUGAUUAUGCAUUCCUAUGUGGCUGAAUGAUCUGGAUCAGACUGUGAAGCCUUUUUCCUAAAGGGACUAGAUUCAGAAUCUGCUCAAGUUAAAACAAUACUAACCCUUGGCUUUUGUGGCCCAAAUCAGUUUUGUUGCAAUGACUUCAAAGUAAUGCUUGGCUUUAUUGGCAAGUCACUAGUUAUUUGAUGGUUUCCUGAGAGGAGAUUUAAGGUCUAACUUCAGGUCUUUGCAGAUAGGUGUCUUCAUACCAGUUCUCACUUCCCUUUCGCAUGAAUUUAGUGAAAAACUGCUGCUUUUUUUUUUGUAAUGCUGCUUUGAGCAAAAAUGCUGCAAGGCACCUUGACAAUGCCAGUCUAGAAGCUUUGUGCGGGAAGCUUUGUCUGGAAGCUUUGACAUAUCAGUUUUGUGCAGAAUAUUUAGUCUUGUGUGUACAAUUUCACACAGACACUCACAUAAAUUAAAAUGUACACAAUUGUCCUCCUCGUUUAGACAAAAGAAAGCAUAAGUCUACAGUUUUACCUUACAGAAAUCAUUUAGCAUUGCAUUUGAAAGCUAAAAGUGCAAGCUACUGAAGGUAAUAAAUGAAAAUAUUUCUGUUGUAUUUCUAAGUAAGGAAAGGUGCUAUUCGUUUUGGAGAGAUGCAUAUAAAUGCCUCAGAAAUUGUGAAAAUUAAGGAUCUGAUUCAUAAAACAUUUAUGCACUGUUUAUGCAGGAUAAACCUACAUUCAAUUCCAGGAAAAGAAUGUCAUUCCUUUUAACCCUCUUCUAAAUCUGAAAAAGUUGGAAAUAUAGUGCACAGCUGUGGUAAACACACUUUAAAGUGCCAAUAACAAAAGAAAAAAAUUGUUAGUAAAAUUUAGCACAGUGCUUUUAGGAUGUUAUUUCUUAAUAUUAUUAAUAUUAUUAUGUUCAAUAUGAUUAUUUUAAUUUUUCUUCUAAAAAUUUUAGUUGUGCUUAUUUCAGUUUUUCUGGGUUAGCCUCUCAUAUAGUAUGAUGUUCCACAGUAGUGCUGAACUUUUUAAUUAUCUCAGCACUGUUUUGGGGGAGAAGCAUCAUGAAUCUACUCUCAGCAUGGUACGGAAGUUAAUACCUACUUUUUACCUAAUUAUAUUCAGGAAAACAAGACAUCUCCAAUGAGUCCUGUAGUUUUACAGAAGCAUCAGCAGUAAAAUAUAUGCAUUUCAGAGUUUUGGGAGAAAAUAUGUUUUGGAUGUUCAGAUUUGAGCAGUGUUCUGUGUAAACGAGAAUGAUUUAGUCCCAGUAAAAUUAUAGUUUUUCUCCCAGCCCCCAGCUUCAGAGAGGAAAUAAAUACAUUGCAUCUCCUAGCACCCCAUGAGAUAGAAGCAUUGCUCUCUUUUUUGACUAUACAAACAUACUGAGUGCAUUCCAGAACCUGUGGAGACCUUGUGUGCCCAUAGCCAGAGGGUGAUGAGGACUCUCAUAGACACUAAGCUUUCAUACAGUGAGGAAUAUCGGUUAUAAAUACUGGAUUGCAAAAGAAGAACAGAAAUUUUAGCUGAAGUGUAGUCAUCAGGAACAUCAGUCUGCUCUUACAGCAGCUGUAGAAAGGCAGAGAUUAUUUGAAAAGACAUUAAUAUAGAGACUGAACAAAAAUGUCUGAGGCAAAAUUGUAGGUGCCUAUUAUCUCUUUGCAAAAUACAGCAUGAUUAAGAAUACAGGGUAGAAGACAAGUGUCAGUUUUUGACUGAAGGCUGUUAAGUGUUGCUGUUGCUGAGUAAAAAUGAUGAUAAAAAAAGUCUCUCAGGAAAUAUGCAGGCAACUUGCUUGUUCUAUGCAGGAUCUCAGAAUACAAUACAAAAUGGCAUAGGAAAUAAGGGAAAAACAAGGUUCCUUGAGCCACAGACACACCUGACCACUAGUAACAAAAAUUAUGUUACUAUCUCGGAGGAAAUAAAAAUUUCUUUAAACCCUCUACAGAGAUGCUGCUCUUUCAUCUCUGGUAAAGUAUGGUAAAAAGUAAUAGGAAUGAAAUAGCUACUUUUCCACCACUCACCAAUGUACAAUUUUUAAUCCUGUAAGGCUAAAUGAUGCAGCACACAACUGCAUAUAAAGUAGGAAGACAUUUCCUUACACGUCUUUCAUUAGUUUUCAUCUUAAUACUAGCAAUAGAAUAAAAACCAUCAGCAUACUCUUGAUAUUACUGAAUAUUAAAGAAGUUAAAAUCCAGAGAUUAAUGAAGAAAAUUGCAACCAUAUCUAUGCAAAAACUGCCUUCAAUUAAAAACCUGUGUCUUCCAAAUAACAGGUCCUAAUGGGGCAAUUGCCUCAUAGUAGAGGUAGGUGAUAUUUCUAAAAGUAAUGAUAAUAAUAAACUGUCUUGAAUCAACGAUAUACUGAGCAACAAAGUAGCAAAAUGAGUAUAAUUUGCCUUCAAACCCCUGAAUAUCACUCUUACUUGCACUGACCUGUAAUUUGUACUGUAAAUCAUUUCAUCAUUACAUUUCCACUUUUAUAAUUAGACCUGAGUAUAUACACCAUCUCUCUAAAUUCCUCUGGUUUCUUUUAAUUAACUCACCCUCGGUCUGAACCACUGCAGGGUCAGGACUAAGAGAUUCCCCUGCCCAGUGAUAAAGAAAUAUACCACAUGCAUCUGUUACGCACUAUAAAAAUCUGUAGUCUCUGUCAAUCAGUGCAAGCAAAUCCUUAAUUGGUCUUAUUCUCAUUUAUACUCAUGUAUAGCUCAUUCUUUUCUCUGCCACAGUAUGACUAAGCCUAAUUAUCCUCUUACUCUUACUUGAUCAAUCCAGGUCAAAUUUCAAGUUGUUUUAGUGAACACAUCGAGAUACUUUUUUUUCUUUAGGUUUUUUGAUAUAGAACUCUCUGCUAGCUGGAGGGUUCUGUAUUGCCCUUUCCAACUCCAGAGAAAGACUUCUCACUAUUAAUUUUCUGUACUAUUUCAGGAACAUAAAAAAAUUUCACCCCUCCCACCUUUUUGCAUUGAACCGUGGUUGCAAUUGUUGUCAGUUCUGUAUUUCCAUUCAUGAGUUCAAAAAAGCAUCUUUUUGUAUGAAAUCCUGUGCAUAAGUAGUCAGACUACAAUGCUUUUACAUCAGGAGUGUGAUUUGUGAACUGUUUUGACAGAGCUAGGGAAAAUCUACUUCACCUUAAAACAGAUUUUUUAAGGGAUGCUAUCUUUAUGAGAGGAAUUUCAACUUUUACUGCUGAAAUAAAUGGCAGGAAUUUCAAUGAUAUUGUGAUUCAAAAUUCGUGUGAAUCUUAAUGGUCACUUUGCAUAUCAGCAUCUAGUAUGCUUAAAAACAUUUGUCAAUAUAUACAUGAUUUUUCCUCUUCAAGAAUUCUUGUUCCUCUUAAAAGUUUCCCACUUCCACUGCCCCAUCGCAUUUUUAAUUUUGAUGUAGCGCAAAGAAUUUGGACCAGGAAUGUAGUGACUUAUCUUUAAUGCUUUCUUGUAGUUGUUUUUCCUGAAACGCCACAUUUGCCAUGCUGCCAGAUGCAAUGUUUUUCACUUGCUACUUUCAGGUCAGGUUGUGGGUAUUAGUGGAGAGGUAUUACUGAGAUACAGAAUAAGCUACAGAUACCACAUAAAGCCAGAUUUGGGGCAGCUAUCAGGAUUUCACUAAACAAAGCCAGUAACCACUUUUAUAGAUGAACAUGCUGACGACACUGACAAUUUUGCCUAUAAAAAAACUGAAUCAGGCAACUUUUGUUAGUUUCUCUACAGAUGACUAUUUUUCUACUCUCAGAGAGGAAUAUAAAGGGAAUUUUAAAAUAAUUAUUUUCAGAGAUGGCAUAUCAGUUUUAACAAGGCUGUCUGGAUUUUUCUUUGGGGGGUGCACUUCUGAUAUUUGUGCAUAUGUAUACAUUGAAAGUUCUUGCAUGUACUAUCACCUUUUUAAUCACAAUUUGCAUAAGCAUUGCUAUGUGAUUUCAACAUAGUUUGCAUGUUGUAGUUUUGCAGUUCAAAUUUUUCUCAUCAUCUACCUCUUAGUUGAAGUUUGGAGACUUGCACAAUCCUGGAAGAAUAGAGUUGACAAAAUGCACAAUGAUAAAACCUAUUAGAAAGUCUCACAAAUAUUUGAAGCUGCUUACUGUUCUGUUUUUAAGGCAGUGCAUAUCUAUGACCAAAUUCUUUGAAUUAAUUGACAUAGCUUUAUUAAGCCUAAAGACUUUACCCAUACUUAUGAAGUUUUUGCAUCACUGACCUGGUAUAAAAAUUCGAAGCGUGAUUUAGAUAUCCGGAGUCUACUGACCUUUCCGUGAGAUGUUGGCCUGCCUUUCUUUUUUGUUUGUUUUCUUAUAAUUUCUGAGUUAGUAAAAUUAGUAAAGUUAAUACAUCCAGUUUUUAAAAGUAGUACAGAACACUUUGCAUUUUGUAUCCCUGAAAAAAAAGUUGUGGGUUUUUUUUUUUAAUUUAGAAAUACUGUCAAAUUUUAGCUUGUUUUUCCUUUCAUGGGGCCGUUGAGGGAGAUGAUCACAACAUAUUGGGUUGGGGCCACGAAUAAUGAUUGUUCUUCAUGCACUCUUUAUAAAACCACAGAUGAUUGUUUCUUCAAAGAUAUUCUUCAAACCAUUCUUGCCUUCUAGGAACUAGUACAAAGUCCACUGAAGCUGACAUAAAAUUACCUAUCAAAGAGCUUUAUCAGAUGUUGGGGGUGAUGUGGCUUCAGUGGAGGCUUGAGCCUUAUUUUCUCCAUACCAAAUCUCAGGAGUAUCAGCAAAUGUGGAAUUUGUUAUAACUGGCAAAUUUGCUAUACCUGCAUAUUCCUAACUAAUCAGUCCCUAAAUUAACGCACAAUGUGUAUUAUUUUAAUAGUCUGUGUAUAUAAAUAAAUUUUAAGAAUCCCACCAUAAACUCUGAAUGUAGAUUAUAAAAUAUAGAGGACAUAUUUAAAUAAAUAUCCAAACAAAUCUGUUAACCCCAAAGGAAGUUAUCUAUUUCCUUUCAAGCCUUCUUUGAGCAGUGUAUAAUCAUUCUUUUUCUUUCUUCUGGAGAAAAUGGUUUAUGUCUUUUGUGAAUGUAUAUAUAGACAUAUAUAUAUAAGGGAAUAUAUAUGCAGAAAUGGUAUGUGUGUAUAUAUGUAUUCCCCUAUAUAUAAAACUCUAAUUUAUAUAUAUUAUAUAUAUAUAUUAUAUAUAUAUAAUAUUUUAGAGUAAGUUGCAUAUUGUGCCUGAUAAAUUCAACAUAUUUGUAAACAAAUAAAAUACUUCUACAAAUGA